UCCUCCAUCUGAGCAGCACAGAGAGCCUCUCCCACAGGGAGACAUCACCAAAAAACGCCCGAGUCUGGCCAACACCAUCGGCGGCCUGCCGGAAGAGGAAAAGAUAUGGAUAAAACGAGACUAUAGUGGGGGAUCGGCCAUCGGCGGUGAUCGGGAAGACUAACUAGAAUAUUUAUUUACCUAUUUAUUAAUUAUUUAUUUUCCCUGCCAGCAAUGGCUGGGGUCCAUGGCUGAGGCUGCUGAGAGGCAGGUGCAAUACCAUCGACGAAGUCGUUUCGCUCCUCGGCAUGGACGAUCUACAGGCUGGCCCAGUGCCAAUCCACAGCGCCCAGGAUCUGAUGCUUGCUGCCGGAGGACAGUGAUAACAGGGCCGCGACUGGAGGCGAUAGCCCGUAACUGGCUGGAGGAGCGGGAGGAGGUGGAGGAGGGGGCCUAUUCAUAUCAGUUUAUUAGAACCGAUAUUUUCAGCAGGGGACUCAAGGUUAUGCGCACACAACAGUCUGCCGCCGUUCAGUAAACCUGCUGCAAAAUGGCAUGACUGUUCUCCUUUUUGAAGGCAGACUGUGAUUGAAUGUGCCCCUUCCCCCGUGCUGAGCGGAUUCAAAAGCGGUGACACCCUCGCCUUUUAGGAGGGCCUGAAAAACUGUUGAGAGGAGGCGCAGCUUCAUCUGGACCACAGCUGCCAAGAUGAUGGAGCUGCAGUUAGACGAGGUGGUCUACCAGGACGACUACGGCUCCGGCUCCGUGAUGUCGGAGCGGGUGUCGGGCCUGGCAAACAGCAUCUACCGGGAGUUCGAGCGGCUGAUACACAGCUACGACGAGGAGGUGGUGAAGGAGCUGAUGCCGCUUGUGGUGAACGUCCUGGAAAACCUCGACGCGGUGCUGACGGAGAACCAGGAGCACGAGGUGGAGCUGGAGCUGCUGAAGGAGGACAACGAGCAGCUCAUCACCCAGUAUGAGAGGGAGAAAGCGCUGCGCAAGCAGGCGGAGGAGAAAUUUAUUGAAUUUGAGGAUUCACUGGAGGCCGAGAAGAAGGACCUGCAGAUACAGGUGGAGUUUUUGGAGCUACAGGGGAAACAGCUGGAGCUGAAGGCAAAGAACUAUUCUGACCAGAUCACUCGGCUGGAAGAGCGAGAGUCAGACAUGAAGAAAGAGUACAACGCUCUGCAUCAGCGCCACACUGAGAUGAUUCAGACGUACGUCGAGCACAUAGAGCGGUCCAAAAUGCAGCAGGCGGGGAGUAACAGCCAAUCAGAAGGCACCGGCUGUGGACGAUCCAGCAAAGCGGAGCGCCCACCAUCGUUGAGCCUGUACCCUGAUGGCAUGGUACGUGGGGGACUCGGGGGGGCUAGGAUGAUUCCCGGGAAAGACAUCUGGCAGGUCAGCGAGCUCGGCCACUCUACCUUCAGCUCCGCCUACCAGGAGGACGGAUCAGAGUCGGACUCGGUGGCAGCCACACCCAGCAGCACGGGAAGUAAGUCCAACACACCCACCUCCUCUGUCCCGUCCGCCACAGUCACCCCCAUCAACGAGAGCUUCCACGGGCACGACUUUGACGUCACGCGGCCUGGAAACCGCAGGAAAAGCGCUAAACGCCUCAGCCGGAAUAUGGAGGUGCAGGUUUCCCAGGAAACCAGGAAUGUCAGCAUCGGUAUGGGAAGCAGCGACGAGUGGUCCGAGUUUCAGGAGCUCAUCGAUUCUACGCCGGAGCUGGAUAUGUGUCUGGACCCCCGUAUUUAUAGAGGAGGAAACAGCCCCUCCCAGGGCAUAGUUAACGAGGCCUUUGGCAUCAACACAGACUCUCUCUAUCACGAGAUCAAAGACGCCAAGUCGGACAUCAUUGGGGAUGUGGAUGCAGGUGCUGAGCUGCUAGGCGAGUUCUCAGUCCCUGAUGAUUUCUUAGGGAUGAGCAAGGAGUGGGAGAACAUGCUGGCAGAGAACAAACAGCUCUUACAGACCAAAAAUGCUCUAAAUAUUGUCAAAAAUGACCUUAUUGCCAAAGUGGACGAGCUGUCGGGGGAGAGGGAGGUACUGAGGGAGGAGCUGGAGGCGGUGAGACAGUCAAAGAACAAGGUGGAUGCCAGAAUCAAGGAACUCGAAGAAGAACUCAAGAGGUUACGAGCAGAGGCUCUGGGGGCUUCUCGGGACUCCAAGGAUGAAGUUGGUGAUGAUUUUUCAUCGCCGAUGCAAGACGGCGACAUGACAAUGACCCAGCGGCGGCGAUUUACCCGGAUGGAGAUGGCCCGGGUGCUGAUGGAGAGAAACCAGUACAAAGAGAGACUGAUGGAGCUGCAGGAGGCCGUACGGUGGACAGAGAUGAUCAGAGCAUCCCGUGAGAAUCCUCCCAUCCAAGAGAAGAAGAAGUCUACCAUCUGGCAAUUCUUCGCACGUCUCUUCAGCUCAUCAUCCAGCCCGCCGCCCGUCAAGCGGCCGUUCUACAACGUCAACAUCCAUUACAAAUCUCCCUCACCGGCCGGUUUCCCUCAGAGACGCAGCCACACCAUGUGUCAGAUCUCCACCUCCAACCGUACCCUGGAGUUCUUCCCUGAAGAACUGGCCAGUAACGGUGUUGCGUCUCUCCUCAGUGACUCGGCGAUGUUGGCCCGCCGAGAGCAACGCCGUGAACAGUACCGGCAGGUUCGUGAGCACGUUCGCCGUGAUGACGGCAUCAUGCAGACCUGCGGCUGGAGCGUGCCAUCUCGAUUCAAACAGACUGGUGGUCAGACGGACAGCGCUCAGGACAGCCCGCUGAAGAGGCAGCAGACAACCAACGAGAAAGAGGAUAACCGCAUGAAGAAUGUCCCUGUCCCAGUUUACUGUCGCCCUCUGGUGGAGAAGGAUCCUAACAGGAAGCUAUGGUGUGCAGCAGGAGUGGACUUGACAGGAUGGAGAGUCAGCAGCCAGGAGACUUUGGAGAAAGCACCAGUAUGCAGCACCGACCCUCUGCACGCUGAGGAGGACGGAGCUGAUAAGAAGAAGAACCACACAUCUCCCGAGAAGAGGAAGGUAUUGAGACGUAGUUUAACAACAGCAGAUCCGCAUUAUCCACAUCACAUUAAGCAUCCCAGUUCAAAGGAGCUCCAGGAAACAGACACAAUGAGCAGUCGAGUGUGGAUCCUCACCAGCACCCACUCUGCCAGCAAGGUGGUCAUCAUCGAUGCCAACCAGCCCGGCUCACUGGUUGACCAGUUCAAUGUCUGCAAUGCCCAUGUUCUCUGCAUCUCCAGCGUGCCAGCUGCCAGCGAGAACGACUAUCCAGCCGGAGAGAUCGUGUUGGAUCCAGGUGAAGGUGGAGCAGGGGGAGGAGAGGACACCGGCAGCGUGGAGGGCAUGUUGGCCGGCAUCACUCUAGUCGGCUGCGCCACCAACUGCAGCGUUGCACGCAGCAACUGUUCCUCUCGCACAGAUACGCCAAUCAUGGACAAAGGACAAGCUCCCACUGCUCCACCGAUGAAUGGUGGAUACCCGAUGAAUGGGAAGAUUCACCCAGCCCAAUCAGCCGAGGAAGCCACGGAGGCCACAGAAGUUCCCGAGUCAACGGCCAGCAACACAGAAAUGAGAUCUGGACCUCCGGGACCGUUUACUGAGCACGUCUUCACUGAUCCUCAGCCUCGCCCAGCAGAUGCCUCUGAUAGGAGCUCAGGCCAGUCCAAGGAGGAAACAUCACACCCUCCAGAGUCAGAGGAUGGAGGUGAUGAGACCAAAAACUACACCAGCGUGGCCCCCACCAUGUGGCUCGGGGCCCAGAAUGGCUGGCUUUACGUCCACUCAGCUGUGGGAAACUGGAAGAAGUGUCUCCACUCCAUCAAACUUAAAGACUCAGUGCUCAGUCUGGUGCAUGUGAAAGGCCGCGUGCUGGUUGCCCUUGCCGAUGGGACACUCGCCAUAUUCCACAGAUCGGAGGAUGGCCAGUGGGAUUUGUCCAACUACCACCUCAUGGACCUCGGCCGACCUCAUCACUCCAUCCGCUGCAUGGCCGUCGUCCACGAUAAAGUGUGGUGCGGCUACAAGAACAAGAUCCACGUCAUUCAGCCAAAGAGCAUGCAGAUAGAGAAGUCCUUCGAUGCCCACCCUCGGAGGGAGAGUCAGGUACGGCAGCUAGCCUGGAUUGGUGAUGGAGUCUGGGUGUCGAUCCGACUGGAUUCAACCUUGCGUCUCUACCAUGCGCACACGCACCAGCACCUCCAGGAUGUAGACAUAGAGCCAUACGUCAGCAAGAUGCUGGGUACCGGCAAGCUGGGAUUCUCUUUUGUGCGAAUCACAGCGCUUCUGAUUGGUGGAAAUCGUCUUUGGGUCGGGACUGGAAACGGUGUCAUCAUCUCCAUCCCACUGACAGAGACGGUGGUCCUUCACCGGGGACAGCUCCUGGGUUUGAGGGCCAAUAAGGUGUCACCUACAUCUUCUGGCGGGGUGAUCCAUGUGUACGGCGACGAUGGCUCUGAGAAGAGCAGCGGCAGCUUCAUCCCCUACUGCUCAAUGGCACAGGCCCAACUCUGUUUCCAUGGACACCGUGAUGCUGUCAAGUUCUUCGUCUCUGUGCCGGGCAAUGUCCUGGCUACCCUAAAUGGCAGUGUGCUGGACAGUCCAUCAGAAGGACAGGGCUCCACAGCUCCCACAGAGACGGAGGCGCAGAGUGUUCAGAACGUGUUGGUGCUGAGUGGAGGCGAGGGUUACAUCGACUUCCGCAUAGGCGAUGGAGAGGAUGAUGAGACGGAGGAAGGAGAAAAUGGCGGUGGUGGGGCUUCACAGAACAAACCUACUUUGUGCAAAGCUGAGCGGAGCCACAUCAUCGUCUGGCAGGUGUCUUAUGUACCCGAGUGACACCUGACAUCUGCUUUAACACCUCACGCAUCCACCCAUCUCCUUAAAGAGAUCUCUUCUCCCGCCCAGAAGCUUUCAGCCACCCAAACCUUGUAAUUUUCCCCCGGUCAUGUAAAAGUCCCCCCUUUGGCUCUAAAACGACCAUUAAAGCCGUGUAUCGUCCCUUGUAACUAUUAUACCCCCUCCUGUCCCAGACCUUAAAACCUAGAAACCUGCCUGCCAUCCUGUCUCUGUCCCACCCAGGGCAUUGUAAUGAUUCAUGAGCUUUGUAACCCAGCCUCAUAACUACCUCCCUUCUCUGUAUCAACCUUAUAUUCACCCCGUAAGCACACUGUAUCUCUUCCUAUAUUUACCUCAAUCUUCCUGCAUCUGCCCCAGUUAUUCCUCAUCUUCCUCCAUUUAGUUCAUCAUCAGUGAAAGCUCCACCUCAUUUUAAAGCAAAGCCCCAAAAUGCACAAAAAUAAGGAAAAAGAACAGCAGCAGCAGGAGAGGCAACACUGGCAUGUAGACAUCAGUCUUACCAACAGCCAUCUGGCAGUCCAUUAACAAUCAGGGACUCUGUUUUAUGCAUCUACAUAUUGAUAGACGGUUUGCGAGGAAGCAGAAAGCUGAGGCCUCGGUUUAAGGUCAAAGUUCACACAAAAGUGUGGCGUUCAAGUCAGGAUGAGCAUACACGGAAGAAAUAGUCAAAUUAUUUCCAACCCCCUGCAGAAGCCGGGAUUCUCCCGGCUGCUGCUUAAAACAUGUUGCUUCACAUGUCACAAUGAGUCGCCUCUAUAAGAGUCCUGAUGGGGCUCUAAGGUCCAAUUCUGUCCACAUACAAAAGGAGUUCAACUGUGUCGAGGGUUCAGUCCAGAUCUCAUCUCUCUCAUUUCUCUGCCUGGCUGUUGAUGGGACGGUGAACAGUGGCGUGUUGUCAUCGUAUGUACAGGGAGUUGUGUAAAUCUCCACUGAAACCCAUCCUCUUUGUUCAGUAUGGAAAUUCUCGCAUUGAUCUCUAUCUCUGUGUAUUAAAUAUUAAACAUAUGUGUGCUCAGAACAAUUAA